UGUAGCGGUACAUUGGCGAACGCUGCAACCGCUCGCUCCCAGCGCUGCGACCGCGUAGUCGCUGGAGCAGACGAGCGUCUCUAGCGAGAGUAAACACGUUUCCUCACCUCUGUCGGUGUCCGUGAGCGCCAGCCAAUUCGGUGAGAUAUUUUUGUGUCGUCCCACAUAGUAAAGUCGAUCGUGACAGCCGGGAUAUGUAUCGAGCGAUGGUCGUCGUCUGCUUCUAAGUUGUCGAACGUCGUCUGCUGCUCGUGCUGUGCGUGUCGUCUGCUAUCGCUACCGGUCUGCUAUCUUCAUUGAUCGCUCCGCUCUCAAAGUGACAGGCUACUGUUCUUGGGAAGCUGCGAAUUUGAAGAAGCCCGACUGGCAAAAGGCAUCGAGCUGUCUUGGCGCCGAUCGUCUCCCAUAACAUCAGGACCACGUUGACCCACUUCCGUUAACUUCGUUAACCGCCUGACGCCAACCUCUGUCAGCCGUAUACAGACGACACGUCAAGCGAAGCUGCACAACACAGAUCGACGAGUACUUCGCAAUGACGUCCUUGUUCUCGACGUCCCGCCUGUCGGGAGACCUCGCGGACCUGCGGAGUAGGCUCAACGACCAAUAUUCCCGUCUAGAUCGAGAAUAUCGUUUCUACGAGAACAGAUACCAGGACAUUCGGAGGCGACUCUUCGACGGUCCGCUCAAACCUGGCGGUGCGUCUCUCACGAAUGAUCCAGAUCGAUUCUGUCUUCGACUAGACGUGGAACAGUUCGCGCCGGACGAUAUCGAAGUGAAGACGGUCGAUAAUUACGUCAUCAUUCACGGGAGACACGGCGAAAGAGCCGACGAUAUAGGGAUGAUCUCGAGAGAAUUCACGAGGAAGUGCUUGUUGCCGAAAGAUGUUCAACCGGAGUCGGUGAAAUGUUCCUUGACCACCGACGGAUACCUCGUCGUGGAGGCGCCCAAGAAGAGUGACAGGCCUCCAGCGAAUGAGAGGAUCCUGCCAAUCACAAUCCUGGAUCUGCCGACGUCAUCGUCGUCGUCGUCGACCACUACUGCGUCUAGUUCACAGACUGAAGUCCGUUCACAGACUGAAGUCCAUUCGCCGAAAAGUCCAGAACCCAGGCCCACUACGUCAAAAAUUUCGCCCGUUAAAAAUGGAUCCGUUAGCACCGGGGCUAUUAGUAAGAAUAAGUAAGGCGGUACUUUUAGGGAAUUACAAGUUGAAUACGUAAGUUAUUUCGUAACUGUUGAAUUCGCGAAGCGUCAGUUAAGGUUACAGUGAAUGAACAGACGCCUGUUGGGGAUACUUUUUCCCCACAGUAAUACCGCGUUAUUCGAGAUGUCUACGUAAAGAGUGAGAGUACGUAACGGGAGACAACUGGCACAGUGUGCGGAAAUAACUAGCCCGUGACGCGGUUAAAUAUCCUUGACUUUGAUUAUGUAUAAGGCAAAUUAGAAGAGUGGACGAACUUGGUACCUGAAAAAAAAAAAAAAAUCGCAAAUGGGCAUUACUAUAGAAGCUUGUAUAGCACGUACAUUUGUGACGGUAUACCAGAUAAUCUUCGUCAUUAAAAAGGCAGGCAUAUCCGAACUUCAUCACUUGUAGGUAGCAGUACCUCUUGGGAACGAUAUUUGUAUCGUCAAUCUGCGUCUAUAUAGCUAAAGCAACGGUCACGAUACGGUUCGAGUCGUAGUGAUCCUAGAUUGCAUCAGUGUGAGGUUGAUCACCCCCCCACCCCCCGCAUUUUAUUCUUCGAUGUUGUUCUUCUGAAUCAAGCUUGAACUGUGCAUUUUCAUUAUGCAACUUAUAAUGUUGUGAACAGUGAACCCUCGUUAAUAUGACCCCGGAUAAUCUGACAUACGCGCUUUACGAUCAUACUCAUGGGGAACACUGCAGUGAAACCUCUGAAAUCCCCCCGUUAAUAUGACAAUUCCGCGUUAUGACCAAAAUUUUCGGGAACGACCAUGGUCAUAAUAACGAGGGUUCACUGUAGUGACAUAAGGAGGUACAUACACCUUGCAAAGUUCGAACAAUGCGCUUAGAUUAGUGCAUGCAUUUGGAAUGCGUGCAUGGAAUUUGGCACCUUUCCUAGGCGUCAUCAGACUUGGAAUUGCGCCGGGCGCGUCAUGCGGACCACAGGGUCUCUAUUCAUGUGUGUUUGCAAGAUGCAUAACGUGUUUAGCUUCUAUCUUUAGCUUUAUGAGUGCAGAUGGAAUGUGGAAGUCAAGAUGUCUCACCCUGAGGUGCGUUUAAGAAUAACGGAACAUCAGACGAGCAUAUAUCAUAACAAUGAAGGAACAAUAAGCACGGAGUAAAUUUAAAAUUAUCUGUGUCGUGUCGUGCGUUAUGUAUUCCAUCGUUAACGUGUACUGACUGUGCCAAUGUCAUGUGAUCAUCAGCUUGGGCUUCGUCGGAGUGAAGAAUUUUACGCAAGUUUCGCAUGAAAAUUUUGAUUAGAUAUUUCACUCGCAUCACUUAUUUGUGUUAUGAAAACGCCAUUCUCACAAGUAAAAAUUCUCGUUUUGUAUAUUUACAUGGCAUUGUGGUGCUUCUGUUUUGAAAGCAUAACUAUAAUUGUCGACCGAUGGAGAGACGGGUUCCGGGCGAGAGUUCCCCUUACCAUAUCAGCAAGUGUGAAGCCACACUAAAGAGAAUACAUUCUAGUCAAAAUAGUUUAUGUUCGCGCAAGGUAGUACGCAAAAAUACAUAGAAAAACAAGAUAAAGCAAAUGACGGCACAAGCUGCCGCCGAAAUAAAUAAUUUUUAUUUGUUGGCUGAGAGCUCCCCACACCCCACCCCAACCCGGAUGUCCCGCCUUGGGAUCAGGGGAAUUACUUGAUUAAUUUAUGUUAGUAAUUACUUAAGUGAUUACUUUAUGUUAGCUCUACCCGUAUUCAACAUAAAUACGGCACGAAAUGUAGUCCGUCAACCCUAACAAAGUUCCUCCGCCAGAGAAAUUAUGUACAGCAGCACCACCAGGCGCCGCAGGUGGGGCUCCUGUAGCUCUGUCAUGCAGUUUUGGUGUCGGCACACUACUUGCCAUGACGUAGAGUAUUGCAGCCAAUAGGAACAAGUGUAAGGCGGGGCUUAGAGUGCCGUUCUUAUGUUGAACAGGACUAUAUAGUGAUCGCGUUAUAUUCGUAUCUUACGUAAUCGCACAACAACUUCCUAAAUUACAUAUCAAGACGUGUGAAGUUGUAUUUCCUUUACAUGACAACUGUGUACAAACUGCUACUGUGUUGUUGUAAGAGCCAUGGUAUGUAUUGUUAAGUAUAAUUAUUAGCCAAUGAUGUCGACAUCGGAAGUGUCGUUUGUAUUACUGAGAGUACAUAAGUAACAUUGUCAUCGCAUGUAUUGAACCUUCGCAACAUUGUUCAUGAUGUGUGAGACGUGUACUUGUUGCACAACAACAGAGAUAACAAAAGGCGCGUAAUAUGCAAAUAUACUGUUACGAGGUGGUAUCGUGUUUUGGCAGAAUUGUAAUAGCGUGACCACUGCUUGUUUAUGGUGCGAUAAAGUUAUGUUGUUUCAGGAAA